AUGGAGAUAUUUGACGUCGCCGUCAUUGGAGCUGGGAUGGCUGGAAUCACGGCUGCUCGUGACCUUAGCAUGAAAGGCUUUUCUGUCGUUCUUCUCGAAGCGCGGGACAGAGUGGGCGGCCGAACCUACCUGGAGCAGGCUCUUGGCGACAGCAUCGAGCUCGGCGGUGCUUAUGUGCACUGGACCCAGCCGCAUGUGUGGCAUGAACUGCAAAAGCAUGGGAUCGGGAUUUUGCCCCCACUUUCUACCAGCAAAGCUUACUGGCUGGCAGAUGGGAAUAUGCACUCCGGGACGGAGCAGGAAUACUACGAUGUCCUGGACCCCGCGAUGGCGCAACUCUUUGCCGAUGCCCGCGCCCGCUUUCCGCUUCCUUGGAUGAUCAACGCUGUUGAAAAUAGCGACAUGGAAUGCGAAACCAUCGAGGACCGCAUUAACUCGUUGGGGCUUGACUCCUAUCAUCGGGAUGUCCUUGACAGUGCCCUGGCAGGCGUAGUCCACAACCACAAAGUUCACGGCAUCGCGCAGCUGCUUCACUGCGUCGCAACCUACUUUGGUGAUUACAAAGCUUUCUUUGAGACUGCGAGCUUCUGGGCCAUCGACGGUGGCACCAAACGCCUCAUAGACGCUAUCCUCUCAGAAUCGACUGCUGAGCUCCGCCUCUCGACCCCCGUCAGUGCUAUCCAGGAUCGCGGCUCGCAGGUAUCGAUCACCACGCGUGCCGGUCAGAGAAUUCUGGCGCGCGCGGCAAUUGUUGCAGUGCCGGUCAACACGCUCGGCGACAUCAAAAUUUCGCCUAGCCUCCCCCAUCCCGCCAGUACUAUGGUCGCAGAGAAGAACCCCGUCAUGGCAAGCAAGAUCUGGGCCCGGGUUCGAGGUGAGAUCGAACCGUUCACUGGGUUCGCCCCCGUUGGCAAGCACCCCCUCAACGCGGUCCGGACGGAGCGCUACCAUGAUGGCGAUACACUCAUCAUGUGCAUUUGCUCCGACGCGGCCGCAAUUCGUGGAGAUGAUCAAGUGGCGGUGCAGAAUGCGCUGCGGAAAUUCGUUCCUGGCAUCGAAGUGAUCGAAAUAGCCUCCCACAGCUGGGUCGAGGAUGAAUUCUCCAAGGGCGGCUGGAUGAUGCACCGGCCCGGGCAUAUGACCGGUGGCGCAGCUCACAUUCGCCAGGGUCAUGGUCGCAUCCGCUUCUGUGGCGGUGACAUUGCGGCCCUUGACGUUGGCUCCAUCGAGGGCGCUAUGGCGUCGGCUGCUGCUGCUGCUCGCGACACCGCUGCUGUACUAUCCACUGCAAAGACGAGAAGCUUUCGCCUGUAA